AUGACGGACAAGCUCAAUAUCGAAGGGCUCCUCAAGGAGUCCAAGGCUGAAUAUAAGCGCUUGGGAAAGAGCGGUCUCAAGGUCUCGGUACCCAUCUUGGGUGCUAUGAGCAUUGGAAGUUCCAAAUGGCAGCCCUGGGUCAUCGAAGAGGAAGAGUCGCUACCGCUGCUGAAGGCUGCAUACGAUCGCGGUCUGACGACUUGGGAUACAGCCAAUGUUUACUCCAACGGUGUAUCUGAGGAACUGGUUGGCAAGGCCAUCAAGAAGUACAACCUACCUCGCGAUAAGCUAGUAAUUCUCACCAAAUGCUUUGGCUACGUCGGCGAGGACCCCGGUCUGCGAACCAUCCAGUACGGCAAAGAGCUGCCUCAGUUGAAAGACUAUGUAAACCAAGGUGGUCUCUCACGGCAGGCCAUCUUCAACGCUGUCAAUGCGUCGCUUAAGCGUCUUGACAUGGACUAUAUCGAUCUUCUGCAGAUUCACCGCUUCGAUCCAAACACGCCUCUGGAGGAGACCAUGGAGGCGCUGCACGAUCUGGUCAAGAGUGGGAAAGUUCGAUACAUCGGUGCUAGCUCCAUGUGGGCAGUGCAGUUUGCGCAAAUGCAGUUCACUGCUGAAAAGAACGGCUGGACAAAGUUCAUCAGCAUGCAGAACCACUACAACCUGCUCUACCGUGAGGAAGAGCGCGAGAUGAACCGGUUCUGCAAUGACACUGGUGUUGGUCUGAUCCCGUGGGCACCUCUUUGCCGUGGCCAUCUCGCUCGCCCUCCCUCUGCAUUUGGCUCGACUACUCGCUCAGAAGGCGAACAGAAGGCCGGUAACCAAACCUCUGGUAACACUGAACUUGACAAGGAGAUCAUUGCUCGCGUUGAAGAGAUCGCGAAGAAGCAUGACUGGAAAAUGAGCCACGUUGCCCUCGCAUGGAUCAACAAGCGUGUCGCAAGUCCAAUCAUCGGCUUCUCCAGCACAGACAGGAUGGAUGAAGCGCUUGCAGCGAGGGGCAAGGAGUUGACUGAGGAGGAGGAGAAGUACCUCGAGGAGUUAUACGAGCCCGUUAGGAUUGUUGGGCAUUCAUAG